AUGGGUCGCAAACCUAACCCGUUGAUUCUUCAGUACUUCGAAAGAGGUGCAAAGUUAAAUGAUUCGAGCAAUCGCUACCACCACACUUGCAGAGCUUGCUCAGAGAAAUUUCCUAAAGGAAGACUCGACACUUUGACAAGUCAUAUCUGCAGGAAGUGCCCCGCGUUGGAUCGCGCUACGAAACAGCGGCUUGUUCUUGAAUUCAACAAUCUCCCCGAGAUUGCAGAUAGAACGAAUAAUCAGCAUAUGAAUAUCCAGACUGCAAAUAAUCAACAGACAACUGCCAUCCGUGGAAGACCAUUUCAAGGAAUGACUCCGCUUGAAACUUUGGCCGAAGUCUCCAGGGACAUGGCUGAGUCGGAGCACCGCAAUCAUCGGCCUGGCAAUGGAAGUCCUCUGGGUGAGAAUCAAGCAACAAUUUCUCGUGGAGAUAACCUUGAGUUACAAGAACAAUAUACUCUUGACAAUCCACCUAUGAGUUACGAGUCUCGCACCCAGCGCGAGAAAAAGGGCAUCAAUCCAAAAGGCCACGCCAAUGAACAUGGUCUUGGUCGCUCUCAAUCUGCGUCCCCAAAUUUAAUGGCUGCUACAGCAGCAGCAGCAACUAGAUUCAUCCCAUCCAUGGUGGAUCCUCAAUUGUUGAGCGAAGAUGCAGUCGCCCAAGACAAAUUGUCAGAAGACAAGUUGACUCGACAACUUGUUGAAGCAAAUGCCAUGAGCGAUAGUUUGUUCAAUGGAAGCUCUGACAACCAACAGCAUUCUUGGGGUAUGAUGGACGUUCCUAUGCCAGCAAGUCAAGUCGCAGCACUUCAAGUUCAAGAUCAAAUGGCCCAUAUGAGUCAAAUGACUUAUCCAGAACACAACCCCACCGAGCAUACAUUCGAAAAUGGUCAGCCACAAGCACAAAGCCCAAAAACCCACACUCGAAUUGCUAUGAAUCCAAUGACUACCGAAUUUAGCGCCGAGUAUGGCAAUGGGCAAAAGGCGACCAAACCCAAAGUUCGAGGAAAGUUCAAUGAAGGCCGCAGAAAGGAGGUUUCGGAUAUCAGGAAGAUUGGCUCUUGUCUUCGCUGCAGAAUGUUGAAGAAACCAUGUACUGCAGGAGACCCGUGUGAUACUUGUAAGGGCGUCGAGAGCGCUCGUUUGUGGAAGACACCAUGCAUCCGAACACGAGUUGCACACGAGCUCUGUUUGUAUUCCGCGAAACUUCACGCAGUGCUUGCUCACCACCAAGUGCUUGCUGCAAAAGGUUCUGCGACUUUUCAAAGCUCGCUCUAUCAAAUUGAAGUUUCUCACUACCCAGGAACCACUAUUUACGCGUCGUUUCCCUGCCUAGAAGCACAGGAUGAGGAAACUGGACUUACGUCUUUUAUCCUCGACACGGAUAAUGACGACCUUUCCACCAAGCUUGAAGCAUAUGCUAAGCGCAUGAUGCCAAUAUUCAUUGAAAAUGAGCCUUCUCAAUUCAUUCGGACAACCCUUCAAACGGCUCUGAAUGUUUCAAUCCAAAAGCAAGACAAUUUCCUUAGCCGUGCUUUAGAAUUUUGGGCAAUUGUACACAUAUUCGUCGAUUCGGAAAUUAGAUGGGAAAUGUGUGCGAAAACUCCAGGUUUACCUGAUGAAGAAGCUGGCCCGACCAAACCCAUUCUUUCAACCGAGAGAUCAUUUGCUAUUAUUCACACUCAACUGAAUGCUGCAGCCGAAAACAAAGCAUCACAAAUGUGCAAGGGCAUGUUGAAUGAGCUCGAGAGACGCUUACUUAACAAGUCCUCGAAGUAUUCUUUCGAAUUGUUCUUAGUUACAGUCAUCAUUCUUAACUGUGUUGAAAAAUCCACCUGGCUUUUCAAAUGCUGGGAGGGUGAAGAUUUUCAUGGACAGUGGCCACUUGACAACCCUCCUCAAUCUUAUGCUAACCAGGGUGAUGACCUCAUUACCGUUCUUCAAAUGCUCUUAAGAAUGAGAGAUAUUCCACCAAAAACAUUUGUUCGACCAGACAAUGGCCUUCUUGCUGUUGAUGAUACGUCCGAUCAAGUUAUUCGCGAUUUCUUUGAUCAGGUUCAGCUUAGUUUCACCGAUGUUCAUGAUAAACAAGUCCGCCACUACUUCGACCCAGCAGAUUCUAGAUCAUUUGAGCUUCGCUACAUCUCUCGUCUCCUCCUUCCUCCAGUCCCCAAUUAA